AUGGAGCCUUUUAACUCUGCUUUUGGAAAGAAUGUCUCUUUUGUGCACCCUGCCUAUUUUAUAAUAAGUGGAUUUAUUGGCUUACCUAAUAUGAAGUAUUACUACGUCUUUCUCUUUUUUGUAUUUAUAAUCUCAGUCCUUGCAAACAUGGCUGUAAUGACUGUAAUCUGUCUGGAUUAUAACCUCAGAGCUCCAAAGUAUGUUGCAGUUUUUAACCUUGCAUUUGUGGACCUCUUAGGUAGUUGUGCUCUGGUACCAAAGGUUCUUGAUAUCUUUUUGUUUAAUCAUUAUUAUGUUUCCUACAAUGACUGCAUGACGUUCCUGUUCUUCUGCUACACUUGCCUUUCGAUGCAGGCUCUUAAUCUGGUUGCUCUCUGCUAUGAUCGACUAAUGGCCAUCAUGUAUCCUCUGCACUAUCAAGCAAAGGUUACUCAUAAAAUUAUGUUUUCUGUGAUUGCAUCUUUCUGGUUGUUUGCAAUAAUAGCUGACCUCACUGCAGUUGGUCUUCUUACUAGACUUUCCUUCUGCAGGUCUGUUGUUAUUAACAGCUAUUUCUGCGACCAUGGCCUGAUGUUUGAGCUUGCAUGCAAUGACAAUUUUCCCAAUAUAGUCAUUAGUUUUCUUUUGCCAAUUUUUAUUCUUUGGCUUCCCAUGAUUUUCAUUUUAUCCAGCUAUAUUUGCAUUGCCUUUGCUUUAUUUAAAGUGGCUGCAGUUAAAGAAAGAACAAAGGCACUAAAAACCUGCACAGGUCAUCUUUCAUUAGUGGCGAUCUAUUUCAUCCCAAUAUUAAUCACUUUUACCAUUGGUCCAGAGAUACAUCCAAAUGCCAGGAUUAUUAAUCUGUCUUUGACCUCAGUAUUCCCACCCAUGUUGAACCCAGUUGUUUAUGUUUUAUAUACACAAGAAAUUCGAUUAUCUAUUAAAAAAAUACUAAAACUUACACAGCGAGACAAAGUUAUGGCUACGUGA